UAUUUUCUGCCAGGUGGCAACGUCUUUCAAAAACGAAUCAGCUUAACAUUUUUUGUCGCCAACUGUUUGUAAAAAUUCAAUAUUAAUUUAUUAAACUCUCAUAAACAACGACAGAAAUGGCCGCUAAAGUUGCAAGCAGUACGAACAAAGUGUUCCAGAAUCAUGAUGAUGUGCACAUCUCAUUCGAAGAUCAGCAGCGCAUUAAUCGUUUUGCCAAGCACAAUGCCCGCAUGGAUGAUCUGAAGAUGGAGCUGGAGAUGAAAAAGAAUGAUCUCAAGUGUGUCGAAGAGGCAUUGGAGGAAAUUGAGCUCUUUGACGAGGAGGAAGACAUUCCCUUCCUGAUUGGCGAGGUUUUCCUCUCACAUAAGCUGGGCAAAACUCAGGAACUGCUUGCCGAGACGAAGGAUCAGACGCUUAAGGAGAUUGCCAGCAUUGAGGCCAAGGCAAAGAUCAUCAAAGCUGAUAUGGACGAAUUAAAGGCACAUCUGUAUCAGCGUUUUGGCAGCAACAUUUCCCUAGAGAGCGACGAUUAGAUCGUCGACUGGUUCGACAAGUGAAACAUCUUCAUUUAAAUAGAGUACAUUUAAUUUAACACUCGACCCA